AGUCGGCGGCGGUGCGGUGCGCGCGUGGUGCCGAGAUGAACCCGCCGGCGGUGAGCGCGCUGAACCUGACGGCCGGCGGCGGCGGUCCGCUGCCGUUCGACCCGAGCGCCUACCUGGAGCGGCUUCAGGCGCUGCCACCGGCCGGAUCGGAGAACGCCAAACGGUUCUCAGUGAGCCAUCUGCUACAGCUGGACAGCCUGGAGCCGGCGGACGGCGGGACGGGCGGCGACAGGGCCGCCGAGACGGACGACGAGGAACUCUCGAAGGACGGCGACUCGACUCUGAAGGAGGCUGGUGGACCGGGAGAGGCCGCUCGGAAACGAAAGCCGCGCCGUAACCGCACCACGUUCACCUCCGCGCAGCUGUCGGCGCUGGAGCGGGUCUUCGAGCGCACACACUACCCGGACGCGUUUGUCCGCGAGGAUCUGGCGCGCCGCGUCAGCCUCAGUGAGGCACGAGUUCAGGUAUGGUUCCAGAACCGGCGCGCCAAGUUCCGGCGUAACGAGCGUAGUUUGCUGGCGCAGAGAACUCCGGCGUUGGGUCUGACCUCGGCCGGGACGGAGCCGGUCACGGGGGCCGAGCAGCCGCUGGCGCCGCGACCCACAGGGUCGCUCUGUGCAGCAUCCGUACCCGCCAGCCCCGUGGGUUCCGACUAUCCCAUCUACUCAACUUGGAAACCGGCGGGGCCCGCCCACUACACCAUGAUUGGUCCGUCGUUCAUCGGCUCGACCAAUAGCAGCGCGGCGUGCGCUAUGGUUCCGGCGCCGGCCGGGUCGUCGGCUGCCGCCUCGCUGGCCUACUCGGCCGGCCAGGCGGCGGCCGCCGCGGCCGCUGCCGCCGGCUUCGGGGGUCUGACGGCUCCUCGCGGCGGUCUCGGCACCUUCCGACUCCGCCCGCCCGACUACCCACUGCACUAGUGACAUCUAGCGGCGACCCGCGAGGCGUCAAAGCCUCAGCGCGGGUGGCAGUGGCGGCGGCCUUAUGUAAAUGCAGUUGGUUU